AUGGAUACCCUGGACACCCUAGCAAUGGACCACCAUUGGGUCCACGGUUCCAUGACCAGACCCUUUACUGCCAUCGUUACCCUAUACAUGGGCCAGCAAUUGGCACUUGAGCUUGCCGUGCAGGAGAUAGUCAGUGUCGUGAAUGAAGUGUAUUAUGGCGGUGAUAGUGACCUUGACGAAUAUCUGAGAGACCUUUGGAGCACAAUAAUUCACACAUCCCGGAAAAUCCCUCGAGAGAAACCCCAUGAGCCCCCCGACGUCCCAACAGCACUCCAAGUCCGUCUCGCAGCCCUUCUCUUCACUCUCAAACACCAGAUAGACCCAGCGCCGAUGCCCACGACCCACCUGCAAUCCCCCAUCAAUGCCCGUCGGGACCUGUCCUGGAGGCAGCUGCCGCUGUUCGAGGAGACGGUUCACGAAGCGCUGGAUGACGAGCCGGGGAGGCGGGCAGGGUUUACCAAGGUCGAGACGGAAGGGUGGGUGAACUUCAUGGCGUUUUUGGCGCUGAUCACGAAGGAGAGGAUUGUUGGGUUGGAGCACGUCGGCAUCGUAGUCUUACGGUGGGCAUUGGAGGAGAGGCAUGACGUUUCGUUGACGCUUGAUUCGAGUGGUGGGAAAGUGGAUGAGCCGACGCGGUUGAAUGUCUUUGUGGCUGCGGCCGCUAUCUGGGCGGUUGUGAUGGGGGAGGAACUGUGGGAACGAAUGGGCGAGAAGACUGAGUCGAUCGUGGGCUUGUCUCUGGGACCUGCGCCUAAACAGCUUGUCGGGAAAAUUCCUAAACGGCGUUGGGAGAUGUGGAUUGACCGUCUUCAAUUUCUAAGUCUGCGUGAAGACCUUAAAAUAUGUACAAGAGAGCUGGCGGCAGAAGCCGCUGCCGUCAUGUUGCGAGUUCUAUAA